AGAGAAGUCGCUUGGACAUGAACAACAAAUUUGACCACAUGCUAAAUGUGUCUCUAUUGCAAUUACCCCUGCAUAUAAAACCCGAAAUCCAGUUUAAGACGACCGUUAGUUAUAACCGUUGGAACCUGAGAUUUGAGCUUCCCGGCUGGAAGACGAGGAGCAGGACAGAAGAUGGAUGGUUUCUUUCAAGACGAGUGGCAAGGUGAUGUCUUCUGGGAUGAGAUUGGUCCAGUGAAUCAAGGUGCUUUUGUGCCGUAUAUACGCAGACCUGGGGCUGAAAGUGAGAGCUCUUCUAAGGGGGCACAUCCUACUAACAUGAACAAAAGAAUGGUGGAAUUCAUGAGGAGAAGUUUUCCAGUAAAUAUUGGAGCUCAAGAGUCUGGUAGCAAACGCUGUAAUCGUCAUAUGAUGAGUGAGAGAUUGAGGAGAGAGAGGGAGAGGCAUGGUUACUUGGCUCUGCAUUCUUUGUUGCCACUUGGCACCAAGAAGGAUAAGAACUCGAUUAUGCAGAUGGCAGCAAAGAGAAUUGAAGAGCUGGAGGCAUACAAGAGUAUUUUGGAGAGGAGAAAUGGUGAAAUUGAAGAGAAACUGGCAGGAAGUGGAAUUGUAAAUGUGGAGAGUACAAAGAUUAGAAUUGAAGUGGCCAAUCCAACAUCUGGGGUGGAUCCUAUGGUAGACGUUCUCAACUGCUUGAAGAGCUUGGGAGCAAAAACCAUAAGCAUUCAAUCUCAGAUUUCUGAUCAGCAACUUGUAGCGGUAAUGGACAUUGAAACUGAGAUUGAAGCUGCUGAGAUAGAAAACGCCGUGAAACGAACACUUGCAAGAUAUUGACAAGUAACUUCCACGCUGUUUCCUCGAAGGUUAGACAGGAGAAAAUUGGGGAGGUUGGUCCAAUAUUUUGAAGCUAGAAGCAAAAAGAAGUGAUAGUAAUUCAAGUCAGCUUGACUGUACAGUUUCAGCCAAUUGUUAGGUAAUUAAGGUUAAAAACGUGGAAGAUCACUGCCUGGUCAGCUUCUCGAUGGUUCAAUUGUCUAUGUUCGAAUUUUGAUUGACUAAAAGCUUGUAAUUAUACGAUUAUCGAAGCGUUGAGUGACAUGAUUGGAAAACUAAAUAAUUUGGCCUGGAAAUAAGAGUAUCUAUCAUUGA